CCUCAGCAUCCUCAGCUGAGUUGGAUUAAAGGGAGAUUUGGUGCUUUUGCACAUUCCUUGUGGGCUGCUGCCCCCUCUCCCUCCCAGACCCAACAGCUAGUCAGUGCCUGGACUCCAUCUGAUGAAGUCAGCCUGGAGUGGAGCAAAGAAAAGGAGCCUAGCAUUUCAGAGGACACAAGCUACCUCCUGAACCUCAUCUCUGUCAUUUCAGGGGGUCCACACACAAGCUGCCACAAGAACCACCUGAGGAACCUGAGGGUCACUGAGCCAUGAAAGACUACACAGAUAUUGCCCUCUGUGCUGACACAGCAAAGUGGAGAAAGCCUGAAUUCUGUAAUCCAGCUUUUGAGCCUGAGGCUGGAUUGUCCACCCUGUCUCCAACCCAUCAGGAAAAUGGGAGCAGCCCUAGAGCUCAUUGCCAUGGUAACAGUGGUCUGGCCUGGAGGUACCAAACAGACCGCCAGUUCUCCUGGCUGUGUGCGGCUCUCCUCUCCACUCUGCUAUUCUUGCUUCUGGGACUUCUCACCAUCAUUAUCCUGACCCAACUGAAGCCUACAUCUCCACCGGGGACAUCUCCCAGCCUUCUAUCCCCUCAAGAGUUCAGUAAUACCACAGACAUCAUCAGGCCUGGUAUUCAAGGCGAGCUGGCUACAGACCUUACUCCUGAGCCCACUUGUGGGGGGCUCCUGCUUGACCUAGAGGGAUCUUUCACCUCUCCCAACUACCCGGACCCAUACCCACCGGAUGCCUACUGCAUAUGGCAUAUCCAGGUAGUACCUGACCAGGUGGUACAACUCAAAAUAGAGGCAUUCAGCAUGGAUGAUGUGGCCUCCUGCCUGUUUGAUUGGCUGGAAAUCUCCCUAGAGCCAGAAGAACAAGAGAACCCGGAAAGCCCCAUGGUCAGGGUUUGUGGAAAAGUGCCACCAGUCAUACUCAACACCAAUGCCAGUCGCCUCCGGGUGCUCUUUGUCUCUGAUAGAAGCGUGGGAGGGAUUGGAUUCCGUGCCUGGUACCAGGCUGUGACCCCUAGAGAGGGGGGAUGCAAUGAGGACAAGUUUCCCUGUGACCAUCUCUUCUGCCUACAAUCCGAUGCUGUGUGUGAUGGUUUCACCAACUGUCAGGACGCCAGUGAUGAGACCAAUUGCAGCAGUAAAGACUCGGACUGUGGAGGGUCUCUGAAUGAGCUCCAUGGCACCUUUUCUACCCCAAACUACCCAAAGCCCUACCCUCAUCAGCAGUUUUGUCUCUGGCAGAUCUCAGUACCCCCUGGACAUGGCAUUGAGCUGCGUUUCCACAACUUCAGCCUGGAAGCCCAUCAGGAUUGUGAAUUUGACUAUGUGGAAAUCCAUGAGAACACUGACACAGGAGCCCUCAACUUGAUGGGCAGGUUCUGUGGUCCCAAGCUGCCUCCACCUCUCGUGUCCUCACACCAUGAACUGACUGUGGUCUUUGUGACGGAUUACCAGAUCAGCAGCAUGGGAUUCUCUGCGACCUACCAGGCCCUCAAUAGCACUGACAAUCCCUGUGGAUUUGGAGAGCUUUCCUGCCAGGAUGGAGUGUGCAAGGACUUUGACCGGGUGUGUGACAGCUGGAGGAACUGCAGUGAUGGCAGUGACAAAGCCAACUGCAGCAGCCUCUCCCACCUCCCCUUUGGUGAGGACGUUGAGCCUGCCUGCGAGCCCAUUCAGGUGGAAAUGUGUCAGGGCCUCAGCUACAACACCACCGCUUUCCCUAAUACUUUGAUGACCCUGGAUAGUCAACAGGAAGUUGAAGAGAUGCUGAAAGGAUACAAGACCCUGACAGACCUGCCCUGUUACCAGCCUUUCCGAAGACUUCUAUGUGGGCUGCUCCUGCCUCACUGUACCCCCUCAGGAGGGAUCCUCCCACCCUGUCGCCCUGUCUGCCUAGAAGCUGAACAAUACUGUCAGCCUGAUCUGGAGCCACUGGGCAUCUCCUGGUCCUUCGACUGUAAAAGUCUACCUGAUACCUCUGACCCAGCAGGGUGCACGUGGCCCUGAGCCCCUUAGGAGGCCCUCCCCCACCCUCCACCUCACCUUGGCCUCUGAUCUCCACCAUAAUCAAGUCUGGGUACCUGGAGUGUCUGACUCCGCCAGCCCCUUCUAAAGCUAAGGGAGCGGGAAGAUGGGAGGCAGAGCAAUGCUGGAUUGUUCUCUUUGCUUCUUACUCCCUCUUUCCCCCUAGCAAUUGCUUCUCUCUUAUUACUCCACUUUUUCCCCCCAAGUUUUCUCCUGUGCAACUCACUCCCCAGCUAUUUUAUCACUUUUCCCUUCCUGGGUCCUUUUCUCUUCUUUGUUAUUCUGUUUCUCCGCUUUUUG